CCCAAUUUUCUGCACCUACUGACGGUGAACCCAAGGCUGACAUGCUGAGUCCCUUACGAAGAGAUGUUUGCUCUUUACGGCACAAUCUGGGGCCUUUAGAGGCACUGUCAGCUGGAGUUAUUAAUUUAUUUUAGUUGCAGCAAGCAGCUGAGGUUUCUCAGCUGAGAGGAGCUCGAGUCAUCUCUGCUGAAGAUCUCCUGUUCUUAAUGCGCAAAGAUAAGAAGAAGCUUAGAAGGCUACUUAAAUACAUGUUUUUUCGAGACUACAAAUCUAAAAUUGUCAAAGGAAUAGAAGAAGAUGACCUCCUUGAAGACAAAUUCAACAGUAAUAAUACCAACAAGCGGCAGAAGCUUGCUCAAGACUUUCUCAACUCCAUUGACCAGACGGGAGAGCUCUUAGCCAUGUUUGAAGAUGAUGAGAUUGAUGAUGUCAAGCAAGAGCGAAUGGAGAGAGCAGAAAGACAAACACGAAUGAUGGACUCAGUCCAGUAUGCAGAAUUUUGUGAAAGUCGGCAACUGAGUUUUUCAAAGAAAGCAUCCAAGUUUCGUGACUGGUUGGAUUGUAGCAGUAUGGAAAUAAAGCCAAAUGCAGUUGCAAUGGAGAUUUUGGCAUAUUUAGCAUAUGAGACUGUGGCACAGUUGGUGGACUUGGCCCUUUUGGUUAAGCAGGACAUGGCUCCCAAAGCUGGUGACCCGUUCAGUCAUGCCAUAUCUGCUACCUUCAUACAGUAUCACAACUCUACUGAGCCACAUCUCUUAGGGCAAUCUACAAGUGUGAAGACCAGUCUUGACUCUCCUGAAAACACACCACCUCCUACACCCACACCCCCAGCAUCAGCAGGACAGCAACAUCUUGGGAAAACCCCAUCAGGAGUCCUGGGGAAUGGUGGAAUUGGACAGGACUCUACCAAAUCCAAACAAAGGAAAAGAAAAAAGAGCACUGCAGCCUGUGGUAUAGAGGCUCAAAGCGAUGCCAUCCAGCCCAGCCACAUCAGAGAGGCCAUUCGACGCUAUGGCCACAAGAUUGGCCCCCUUUCCCCAUUCACAAGUGCCUACCGCAGAAACGGGAUGACUUUUCUCGCCUGCUAAUGUGGAUGUGGCUGCAGCAACAGGAAAGGCAGUGUUAUAUUAAGGUGAUUUUCUUUUCCCCUCCAUGGAAGGAAAAAAAAAAAUACAAGCUCCAAUGUCUCCGUGUACCAGUGAGUGGGCUGGUUUGUUGUGACUAUCUGCUGGCUGACUCUGUCUCUUUUUCCAGCCCCCUCAAUCGUUAUUCUUGUUUACUAGCUGGAACAUUUAGCUAAUUAAUGGCAGGAUGUUUGGGAUAGCGUGUAGGUGGACAAGAAUGCAGAUCAGACAGUGCUGAAGUUUGCAGGGGACUUGCUGCUGUCAGCCUCUUUCUGAAAUGCGAUGUCAUUUUUAUUUAAGUGUUCGGAAGUCUGUAUGCUCUCCUCGAGAUGGUUUUUUUUGUAAAGCAGGAUGAGGCAGAAAGAGGCACGAGAUAGACUG